AAAACUGGUAGUGAUCCUCAACGCGUUGCGAUGGUCCCUAAACACGCAAUCGCCGAAACGCGUCACCUAACGACGCGACGUUGAACCACAGGAUGGACACGCGAGACGCCAUAUUGAGCGGUUUAGGUGUUUACGUGGUUCCGAAUAAAACUCGUGGAAAAAGUUGAUCGAUCGUCGUACAAUUUGCUCGAGGUAUCACUGGACGAUUGAAUUGGUGCAGCGGCAAUUCCGCGCGGUGAUAGAAUGAGCGGCAGCGACAACGAGGACGGUCAAUGCAACAGGAGUAGAGAAAGCAACACAGUAAUGAUGGGUGACGUUCUCACUAAGAAACACACAGAUAAUGCUCCUUGCAACGGCUGCAUCAACGCAGACAGCGAUUUAACGCGACAAAACAACGACCGGGUUUUUGAUUACACGGAGGACGUUGUCAGGUCUCCUGUUGUCGCAGACUCCGUUCCUGUCGCGAGCGUGACACUAGACGAAAACGCGGUUGAUGAGUUUAUCAAAGGUGCGAGGAGUCCCGAGAGCAUCAAGCAAACCGCGUUGAGAAUGAAUUCGGAUGUUGUCGAUGAGAAUUCGAGCGGCAACACGAGUAUUGAUAAUCCCUCUAGGGGAAAGGAAUCGUGUUCCUGUGAUACGUAUAAAGCAAAGAGAGAGUUGUUUAAAGCGGAGCUACAGAAGGCCAUGAAAUUUAAGAAUUUAUGGAGGGAGAUACAGCAACAUAUAAGGGGUUGUUUCAAUGUUGCUUUGGAAACAUCUCGUAUUCCGGGAGGUUUACAAUUUCAUCAUAAUGUAUUUUCUUAUGCAAUGGACGACGUGCAUGAAAUUGUUUUACAACUGUGUAAAAGAGACCCUCAUCAGUUGUUUAUGAGGCUAGUGAAUUUGACACAAGGAUUUGUUAUAGAAGUAAAAGUUCGAUUAUUAGCUCUCCUACAUGAUCGUAGUGUAAAUAAUUUAGCAGAAAUUUUUCUUACAGGUCUUUUAGAUGAUUAUGAUGCGUUGAUAUCAACAGCAUCAAAGAUUACAGAAUUUGUAAAACCUUUGACAGAUCAUCUGUGUAAAUUUAAUUUAUCUUGGGAAUGUUUUAUUAAGAAGUUGUAUCAAAUCUAUGUAUAUGAUGAUCCGUUGGUGCAAAAUAAUUUGCCAUCUUUUAUUGAACAGUUAAAAAAACUUGUGCCUUUAAAAGGCUUAGAGUAUCGAGGUCUAGUUUUUCGAUAUUUACCAUUCUAUGAUGAAAUGGCACUAAUAGCGGAUCUGUGGUUAGAGACUGAGUCAUGGAUGGACAUGUAUAAUGCAGAACAAACAGUUCGGAUGACAAGGCUUAAACAAAUAAGGGAAGCUUGGGAAUUAUUUACGGCGACGAGGAAGGUCAUGGAGCAACGAGUGACGAAUGUUGAAAAUGAAUUACAAGAAAAUGACAGGCAACUUUCAACAGUUGUACCGCAAACUAAAGCUGCUGUAUCGGAAACUGAUAGUAGGCCUCUUAGUCCAGUUCCGGAUUUUAAUUUAGAGUUACUUAGUAUGCUUCCAAAUAUCGAGGUAGUUCAAAUUUUAUUGGAUGAUUGGAACAAAACUCAGCCUCAAAAAUUAGCCGAUAUAGCAGGUGUAUUGACUAGCGCGGACGUUUAUACCAAUGGACAAGAUAACAAUGAUUAUACUCGUACAUGGUGUUAUUUAGCUCCGUUUAGAUCAAUCAGGGUGCAUAACGAAGACGCGUGUACGGAGAAUGGUGUAGAGGAGGGAAGAAACUGCGAAUGUCACGUGUGUACAGGACUUUCGUCAUUUCUAAUUGUUAAUAAAAAUGACGCGGAAAACUUAGUAUUACCGUUAGAAAAUUCUUUUCCACAGUUCACAAUUGAUUUUUUAGAAGACCCAGCGAAUUAUUCUGUCACACAAGUGAAGAAAAAAGUGGAAGAUAUAGAAACGAAAGAAAUACAAAGCGAAGAGAAAGAAUUAAGUAUAAGAGAAGAUGUCGAUUUUAGAGCAUUCGACCCUCAACCUUGUUCGUGCGUGUAUCAGCACGCGAGGGAAAUAACAGAGAGGAAGCCGGUGCUAGAAAAUCCUCCUUGUCCGUGUUUAUUAAAUUUUAAAAGGAAAUGUGACACCUGUCCUUGUUUAACGAAAACUAAUGCUGUGUCUGAAGUUGUCGUACCAAACGGUCAUCCAAAGCCAGUAUCGCCUCCUACUGUGAAGGCUAAUCAAGAACCAAAUAAACCUGCCGUGAAAACAGGUUCUACACAGUCUGCUCAAACACAAACGAGGCAUUCUACAACGCAGACGCCGAAUACCAGUCAUAAUCACACAACGCAUCAAGCAGGUGCCACUCAUUCACAUACGCAUGGACCCUUGCCAGACCUGGUAAAAAAUACAGGACCCACUCACAGACCUCAUGCACAGAAUAGUCAUCCGUCGUGCGCUUGUCGCAAACAAGCUAAUGUUGAACACAUAAAGAGAGUGUCCUGUAACGAUCUAAGUUCUGGUGAUGGAGAUUGUUCGGAUUCAGGAAGUAGUCAAGAAGACUCUUGUUCUACUAGUAGUUCUGCACAAAGAGAUUCGAGUAGGCAUUGCGAUUGUUGUUACUGUGAAGUUUUUGGACAUGGGGUUCCCUCUGUAGCACCAGUUAGCCGAAAUUAUAACGAAAUGAGGGAACGAUUACGGCAAUUACUGACCAAGAAGAAAGCUAAGAAAUGCAAGGCUACGUGUAGUCCGUCGAAGAGCCCUUCGGAACCGUUAUCAACCACCACGAAUACGGAAACGAAGAUAGUAUCGAACACGGCACCUAGAUCGAAUACUCCAGUGGCGACUGUUCCUCCGAUGCAGCCGGAUCAACGAGAUCAGAGGGAUUUGGAGGAGCUGCUCGAGUUCAUUGAGGGAAACCAGAAUGGAAAGAAAGAUAACAAUAAAAAAGCUGAGAAAAAGGCCAGACAAAAACAGAGGAAGCUCGAGGAGAAGCUGAAGAGGGACAGACAAGAAGCAGAGAGACAAAAAUUGAUAGAGUUACAGAAAAAAACACCGGAAGUAACGAUUACUGUUGUAGAUCCGCAGAAACCCGUUCCUCAAAGAUUAUUACCUCAGUGUAAUCUACCCGAAGUAUCUAUUUUACCUACAUCACCGCCAAUAACGUUGCCGAUCGUAAAGCAAUUAAGUAAUAAAAAGAAAGACAAACAAGAAGUUUGUAGCAAUAGUAGUAAUAUCAGUAGCAGUAGCUGUAGCAGCAGCAGCAGUAGUAGUAGUAGUAGUAGUAACAGUAGUAUAAAUAGCAAAACGAAGACUGCACCUGUGAAUACAAAUACAAAGAACAAAAGUAUUAUUGCUAAUAAAGUUGACAAGACUAUGGUUCACGGUCAAACGAAUAAGACGACGACGAAAAAUGAUAAAAUGGAAGUUAGUAGUAAAAAUAACAAAACACAGAUGAAUAACAAUGGCAUAAACGUUAAAAAUAAUGCAAAUAAUGUCACGGAGAAGUCUUUAACUGUUGACUCGAACGAUAAGAAAUUAACGAAGAAAGAGAGAAAAAAGUUGAAGAAAGAGAUGAAGAAGAUGGAGGAGGCAAAAACAAAGGAAAUAAAGAAACCGGUUCAGACGGAGAGUCAACCACAGAUCGUGACAAUUAAAAGGGUUAUGGAAUCAAAUAGUGCUGAACCUACAGUAACAAUUACCUUAAAGGGUCAAACACCAGCGGAAGAUAAAGUUUUGUUCACGUUGGUAAACGGUCAGACUAAGGAGGUUGCUUCCCUGAAACUGGAUAACGAGCAGAACCAGAACAUCAGCGGCAAGAAGAAAAAAGCUAAAUCAAAUAAUAACAACAAUAAUAAUAACACCAACAACAAUAACAAUAUUCAUUCACUGCAAUCUGGAAACAAGCAACAACAAAUUAAUAAUUCUAAACAACAGGUACAAAACAAGAUCUGUGAUACCAAAAACAUAAAACAGUCGAACAAAGGGAAACAGUUAGACGAGAAGAAAGUUCAGCAGCAGAAUAUAACCGAAAUUAAAACGAAAUCCAAGAAAGAUAAGAAAAAUACUGAGAAUAAGGAGAAUGUGCUUCAACAGAACGCAGUGAACAAGAACAAAAGUCAACAGCAGAAUGUUCCGAAUAAGAAACAGAAUAAGAUGAACACUCCACCUCAAACACCGGCGUCUCAGAAGUCUUCGCAAAACUUGACUAUCACAAAUGAUAAUAAUAAAAAGUCAAAGGUUCAGCAGCAGGAGAAAAACAAUCUGGUGAAUAAGAAUAAUAAGAAUGUAAGCUCCAAUGUCACGGUUAAACAAACAAAGAAUGAUAAUCAAAAAGUUCAGAAUAAGGUUUCAAAUCAGACGACGACGGUAAAACAGCGAUCGGAGAUUCAAUCCAUACCCCAAGAACGUGUUAAUUCACCGUUGAGUAAUCAGUUCAAAGAUAUCGGCGCCAAUUCUAAGAUCAAUAUAGAGAAUUUAAAACUACCACCUGGCAUUACCAUAACGAAGGUCGAUGCUCCUGCGAAGCCUUUGCCAAUCAGAUCGGCACCUUUGCCCAAACCAGUGAAUCCUCCUAAACAAACUACGAUAAUCGCUGCACCGAUGAGCGGUGUUCAGUCCAGUUACGCGAGUCCUCAAGCGGGUGGAAAUGUGAUCGUAGUGGACACGGGAAAAUUGAAGCAGGAUCUUCUGCCCAAGUCCGCAGAAAAAGACGUGCUUAAAGAAACACAACAAAGCCAAAGCAGUAGUAGUAAGAAAAAGAAGAAGAAGAACAAGAACGCGACCAACUCUGGUAACACGAAUCAAACCACAGUACAAAGUGACCCCUUUACGAAUGACCACCCGGACGAACCAGCCAGAAUACUUCAUAACCCAAACACGAACAUGGUAACCAUAAGGAACCCUGCGUUCGGUCCAAUGAAGGUACCACCCACGCAACAGGCAGCCAUCAUAAAGGUGUCAGAGAAUGGUAUGGUCACCAUACGAAGUCCAGCAUUGCAACAGGCGAUCAAUGCUGGCCUCACGUCGCCGCCAAAGCCGGACUAUAUCGUGAAGGGUGAUCUAUCUAAAACGACGACGGAUAACUCGAACUUGAAGCACCCUAACGGUAUCAUUCCUUCGAGUUUGGCGGAACUGCGAAGCAGGCUGACGCCAGAUUGCACGGCGCUGAGUGGUCUCGCUAACAUUCAGAUCAGUAAAGUAACGAAUGGUCAACCGAUUCCGGAGAACGGGAUCAACCUAAAGGGGACCAGCGUGACCCUGACCAAAGUGAGGACGGACACCAGCAUGGAAGAUGUUCAGAACGCUAAGACUGCUGUCAGGGAAGCGAUAAACGCGUCAAUUGCAGUGUCGAGUAGCGAAAAGAGCAAGAAAAAGAAGAAACGUGGAACUGGCACGAGACAGUGCGGGGAUGACUGGAACCUCGUUGGAGAGGGCAGUGUACCGCGUUAGGACGAAGUCUCGGUCAGCUAUAGGUUGAUUGAGAACAUUUUUCAAAUACCGGGAUACGCUUCGGGAUCUCCUCGAAUUGGCAGCCACGAAUUUCUUGGGGGAUUGCCUGGAAGAGAACUCUGGCCAGUGAGCACUAUCUUUUCUUUAUUUUCUCUUCGCUUUGUUCGCGUGCAACCACUCAUUGAUGAACAACCAAUCAAUCAGGUAGACUGUCGAAUCCUUAGCAUACUUUGAAUCUAGGAUUACGUUUAGCAUACUUGAACCUAGGAUAGCUUGCAGUCUCUUCUCUCUGUCUACACUUAGGGAUAUCUCGACUCAGGCAUGACCAAGCGACGACUCGCCAGCCACAUUUGACCGCAGUCCUUAAUCCACAAAUUCCAUAAUUUUCGAGUUACCAAAUCUUCAAUUUCUAAAUUCCUGAGCCUUCCACAUCCUCGAACUUGAAAUUUUCAGAAGGUGAAAUUUGUAGGGAUACUGACUGUUCGAUGAUGGUUAAUUAGACUAUCUGGUAUUGGAGAUAGUGUUGGCAGAGAUGCAACUUGGUCAUGCCUGUUUUACUUGCAUACACACGUGUACAUAUCUGUCCCUUUAUUUUCUUUUCUCUUUCC